UCGCCUCACUCACUAGUCACUUUUCACACAUACACUGCAUGUAUAUAUCGAAGCGGUUAUAUAUACACAUGUAUACAUACAUUCAUUCAGGCACGCCUCUAUGUAUGACUUGCAGAGACGACGGAUGGAGGAAUACUUGAGAAGAUGUGAGAGAAUGGGGGAGACGGCGGCCGAGAUGAUGGAUCAGUUUGGAGCUUUGAAAACGACUAUGGCCGUUGAGGCGGUUACGAGCUUCCGCGACGAGGAGGAGGAGGAGGACGGUGAUCUCGACGUGAAUUUCUCGGGAAAUUCGGUGUCUCCGGCCGUCUCUGCGACGUCCGUUCGUGCUCCGUCAACGUCGAAGAGCUCAGGCGCCGCACGUCGCAAGUCAAGAGAGGUUGCGAAUGACAUCUGGAGAUCUUUGGAUCUGCAGGAAGAGGAUUUCGUAACCGACAAUUCAGAUUAUUAUUUCCAUUGCAGUUUCAGCAGAGAGACGACUCCAACUAGCGAUCAGCACCGCGGAGACACAGAGGCAGAAAUGGAAUCCCCGGCUAGGGCGAAAAAGAAAUCCCGAGAGGUGAUGAAUCGUCGGGGUGGGAAGGCAGCGGCAGGGAAUAAGCCACCAGCGGCGGAGAUAGAAGAGUUCUUCACGGCCGCCGAAAAGUACGAGCAAAAGAGAUUCCAAGAAAAGUACAACUACGAUAUCGUGAAGGACGUGCCUUUGGAAGGUCGGUACCAGUGGGUUCGGUUGAAGCCUUAGUCUAGACAAGUGAAGAUCGAUCAGAUCAGAUAUGCAGAAGAAGAAGAAGAAGAAGAAGAAGAUCAGAUAAGAAUUAAAGAUGGAGACAAAUGUAGGUUAACUUGUGUUAUCCAUCCAUUAUUCAUCCAUCCAUCCCUACGUCCGUUAUCGUUUUCGGCAAAUAUCUGCUCCUCCAUCCACUCACCUUUUUUAGUCAAAUUUAGCUUAGCUGUCGUCUUUGUACAGUACGUACGUUCAUCUCCACCGCCAUUGACGUCGUAGUACUCCAUCUCCUAAUUUCCAUUUCUACAUUAAUUAUUUUGCAUGCAAUGCUCUAUCUUCAGCUGUAUCUUUUGAGUAUUAUAUAUAUGUCGACAAUAUUUAUAUA